AAGAGACACAAGCGGAGAGAGAGAGAGAGAGAGAGAGAGAGAGAGGGAGAGAGAGGAAGGGACGUGGAAGGCACAGCCAGCGAGAGACGUGGGGACAGGACACUGAGACUGUCCCGGUGUUGUCCACCCGUCAAAUCCACGGCUACGACCGGUAACGGCUUCUUGGUUUAGCCCCGGAACCGAGCGUUAGCUACCAGGGACGUGACAACGCAGCAGAGGAGGUGAAACAAGAAGAAAAGAGGAAAAACACCCGGACGUGGUUUCCCCCGGUUUCCCUGUGAGGUCAUAGCUCCUGUGGCCACCAACUUCAUUCCUGCCUCCUCCGGGGUCUUUGCUGUUUCCUGGUCACCUAUCUUGGGAUGUUGGCGUUGUUCUGUGGCAGUUGCCAUGGAGAUAGACAGGUUCCUUUUGUAGACCAUUUAACACACAACCUCCAGAUGUUGUGCCAAAUGCAGCUUGUCCACACGGGCAGAAUUAGACAAGGACCCGCACAGAGGUGCUGUGCAGCUCAACUUCCUGUUUCACUGUGUUUGACAACAUCGCAGCAGGAACUAUAGGACUUCCUAUUCCUGAGGAACAUCUUGCUCCGCCUCUUGGCACUCCUGAGGACCUACUUGACCAGUUGCACAAAACUUAGUCAAGACUCUUGCCCUCCAACAUCGCAACCAUGCGGCACAUUGACGUGGAAUUGGCCGACAAAAAGGCUCCAUCAGAGCUUCCAGCCCGGGAGGGAGACCUGCCUCCACCGACAGAACCAACACAAAGCAUAGACCCUGGGGUCAGACCGGGGGCGCCGAGACCCUUUGGUCAAGAGGAGUUGCGGCUUCAAAAGGUCUACCAGCUCUCCAUUUUCUCCCAGUUGGGGGGAUUUUCUACCUCCACAGAAUCCAACACUGAUACUCAACAGAGACCUGUCCGGCUGGGUGUGAAACGGGGGCUAGAGGAGCCUCAGUUGACUUGUAAGCGUCCUCACCUGGGAGAUGCCUCCGACGGGGAGGAACUGGAGGGAGGGGUGCUGUGUGGGCCGGUACCAGCGGAAGAUGUUGGAAUAGGAUUAGCGACAGGUCCUAGUGGGCCUGGUUCUGUUUUCUCUUGCACACAGAUGGAGCACAGGGACUCUGAGGGGGGGCCUUUACCCAAAUCUCCACCCCUCUCCCCAAGCCACACCCCCUCCAGGCGCCCUACUCAGCACAAUCAUGAUAAGCCCAUUCCUGAUAUAUUUGCUCCGCUGUCACCUAAAUCGACCCCGAUGUGCGACCCACAUGGGCGUCUCUGUGACCAGGGCCACUCCUUUGGAAGCUCCGCCAGGACUGAGUCUCCUAAUGGGGGCCGCACACCCACCUUCUCUCUAGGCAGCCCUGCACAUGACAGCUGUAGUAAUAGCUCAUCUGGAGGUCAACCCAUCCCCCACAUAUAUGAAAUGUCCACAUACGAAACUCCCAACCCUGCCAGUCCCACUAGCCCCCCAGGCCCCUUCUCUCCCCCACACCACUCAGAGCUGCAGGAACCAGGGGAGGCAACCGAAUGGGAAGUUGGACUUGAAUCCUCGCCACCUGAGCGAAGUGCCACCCAGGCUGCCUCGUCCUCCUCUAAAGGCCUGGCUCCCUGGGAGAAAACGCCCAGCAGUAUUGGCCACCGUAUUUCCUCUGGAGGUCACUGGCCGGCCAAAAAGAGGCUGCUUUCCCCAACCGACACUGGGGAGUCGUGUUCAGAAGAUGAGGGACCCUCCACAUCCAAGAGAAGCAGGCUGUCACUGCUGGCUCCAGGACUUGGUCCUGCCUCAUGUCGCAGCACUGAUGCCAAAGCUGCUCCGUACUGGAACCACCUGCUGCCCUCUGCAUGGGACCAGUCUAAGACUGCCACAGACUGCACAAGAUCAGGGAGACGACUGAAAAGUGGACUGCGGAUAAAAAGUCGGCAGCUGCGUAGUGGCAGACACACAGACACCGGACGCUCCACACGCUCCAGCUGGCCCUCAUCCUCCAUCAGCAGAUCACUACUUGUCAACUUUGAGGAGUCGAUACUGAAGGGACGCUUCUCUCCGUCUGGCUGGAUCGAAGGCUUCACGGCAGAGCUCGGGGCCAGCGGCUCCUACUGCCCUCAGCACGUCACCCUGCCUGUGCAGGUCACAUACUACGACAUCUCCGAGCAUAGCGCUCCCUCGCCCUUUCUGGGGGUGAUUUCCCUCGAGCCUCUGGGAAAGAAAGGAUAUAGCAUACCCAAAGCAGGGACCAUUCAAGUGACCUUAUUUAAUCCCAACAAAACUGUGGUGAAGAUGUUCCUGGUGACCUACAACUUUGGCGACAUGCCCGUCAAUCACAUGACCUUCCUGCGCCAUCGUAUCUUCCUGAUGCCUGGGGAGGAGGGGGUGGAGGGGAAAGGCGAGGUGUCUCCAGGGGGCGGAGCAUUAGAGAGGAAGAAGAUUCUCUGCUACCUGAUGCAUCUCAGAAUCCAGAGCUCCAAAUCUGGGAAGAUCUACUUGCACAACGAUAUCCGGCUGCUAUUCUCCCGCAAAUCCAUCGACGUGGACACGAGGAUCCCUUACGAGCUGAAAUCUUUCACCGAGGUGCCAAGAAGCCCUAAAUACUCCCCCCGCGUUUGACCCCAGCUUGACCCUUCGAUCCUCACGGACCCUCCGGUGCUUCCUAAAGAGGAGGGAGGGGAACGGACAGACUGCUAGAAUGAUGAUGGACACAAAACUUGAUUAAGACUGGAUGAGACAUGCCACAUGCACACAGGACUCACUUGCACAUAUCACACACUUUCGGCCAUUGGAAAAGUCUCACUUUUGAUGCACGUAUUCUCCGUUUGCAAAUUUCGAAUCGAGAUAUAAACUGUCACUCCAACAAACACGGCAUUCCUGGUAUCUUCCAUUCACUGAAAAUAUUUAAAAACUGACAUAUUUGUACGGGAGCAGUGGAGUUUGCAUGCAGUCAAAAGCAGGACUUUUUCAACACCUGAACAAAGACAGAUACACACAAACACACACUCGCACACCAAAUCCCACGAUCACAGCACAUACCACACGCGUCACGGCUGAAAACGCCUGGUGGCGACUCUCUGAGUUCAGUGUUAACAUGCAUGCCUUGUGACUUAAACACCUGAAUUUUCCUCUAGUGCCGUAUCACACUGUCCUUCACUCUGCCUGCAGCUCCGACCGCCUCAUCGGACCAAUCAGUUCCACAGCUUUGGAUUUGACAAAAAGACACAAACAAUGAGCACAUCCCUGCUUGUUGGGGGAUGAUGAUGAUGAUGAUGACCCCCCCAACCCCCAAAUCCCCACCCUUUGCACACUCACACACUUUCUGGGGAUGAGCAGAGACAGGAAACGCGAGAAGAAGCGAAGGGCGGAAUGGGAAUCAGCCAUCUUGAUUGGAUGUUUGAUCAUUUGACACACAGUAAAAACCGCACCAACACAAUUCGAUCAAACUCAGGACGUCCGUUACACAAUAGAUUUCUCCUUUUUACCAUUUCACUUACAAUGGUACAGACCACUGUGAAGCUAGAGGGUCAUAGCAUGUCAUGAAAAAGAGGGGAGUUCAGUUCAUGCGAUGUAGCCAGACUGAGGGACACUGUGCUCUUUUCUUUCUUUUUUUAAAUUUCUUUUUUUAAUUCUGUGGGAGCAGAAAAGAAAAAAGACGAGCUGUAGUAUUUUUAAUUUAUGUUUUUUCGCAAAUGUCUUAAUAAGCAAUAUACUGCACAAAGUAGAGUGUGUUUUUCAGUCGGACGAGCUUUCUCUCUGAAGGGAGGGGGAGAGAGGAAAGCAGAGAAUA